AUGAGCACUACAACCAUUGAUAAUACUUCUCAAUUGAGAAUAACUCAAGGUGUAAACAGCCCUCAACCUAGUACAUCUAAGGUUCAGUAUACAGGAAAUUCUCCCCAAGACACGCCACCUGUUAUCGUCAACAAUGGUAAUAACAAUGCGCCUAGUUUAAAGAGAAAUUGGGCAAAUUCACAGAUGCUGGUAACCCCUCCAUCUGGUCAGGUCCCUCCACUACGUCCCAGUCCACAGUCUGGUCAAACAAACUAA